CAAUUAUUUAAAACAAUAUUUGUUUAUAUUUACAUAUAAAUUAUUUAAUUUUAGUAUCAGUGAAAUGUAGGCAACGGUUUUAAUUAAAAAAGUGUUUAAUUUCGUUUAAAAUGGAUUAUUUUGCUUUCUGACCCAAAUAAGUAACGGCGUAGCUAUGGGAGUGCAGAUUGCUGUAAUUAGAGUCUGCAGGUAGCUUUGCGGGGAUAAUGCCAAAGCGAAUACCAUUCCAUAUCGUUUACGCAACAAGCGAGGACAGCUCCUAUCCAGCAUGCGAGCUCAACGCACAAGGACCAGCUGCCCGAGGAUGGAGGAGUUCAGGUCCACCUCCGCACGAGCUACUCCUCCGCCUGCAAGCCGUCACCAGUAUACACAAGCUUCAGCUACUCGCCCAUCAUCAACUUAUACCGGCAUGCGUGGAGGUAUUGGUCUCCGGCGGAUUAGUCUCCGAAGGGGCAGCAACACCAUGCGGAGCAACUUACACCAGCGUCGGACGCGUCACUCUUGCCAAACCGGCCCCGCAGGCACGAACAAGAGAAUUAAGAUCCGCAGCACUCCCCGAACCAACUAUUGCUAGAUUUGUAAAGCUCCGACUGUCUGGGCCACAUCCACCGUCAAAGGAAGAUGACCAAGUAGCAUUAAUGGCAGUUAACGUCCUUGGUGAUGAAAUAGAAGAUACCAACAAAUCGCCCCCACUCAAGAAAGCUGAAGUAUGCUUUUCCCCGUACGAUGAUCUGGCAUUUGUUAUGUAUGUCGACAAUGAAAUAGCUGAUCUUGUGCGCAGCUUAGAUAGGAAGAAAAAAACCGCUGUUGCUGAAGAACGCUUCGAAUAUGCAAGACGCUUAAAAUCUGCUGGAUCUGCAUUAGCUGCUGCUGGAAUAAGGAUUGGGAGAUGGAGACUCCGCAAAAGAACAGCUGCAGCUCGAGAUGACUUUGAAUUGGCAAGACGCAUGAGGGAUAGAAUAGCAGAUGCUCUCAUUGGAGUGAAGGAAGAUCCUGAGUUGAGAAGACUGUUUGAAGAUGAAGGCCCGGAUACCCGCAAUGAUUCCUCUAUGCCUCAAGCGUAUGAUUUCUCUCACCAUCUCUCGCCAUCCGUCGCCGCCGGAAUACAAAGUGUUGACAUCCCCUCACCAGUGCCUCCAAUAGAACACCUCUCGGAACCGCCAGAUGAAUUCAAUAGUGUCGAUGAUAUGGAUGGUCAUCAUAUUCCUGCUUCACCCGUCCAAACUAUAGAAGAUGAUACAGAAGUACAAUUAGAACCUGUCCAGUCAAUCGAACCGGUCCAAGAAGAUAAACAAGAAAUACAAAAGAAAGAAGAUGAAGAAUUGAGGAAAGAAACAGACAGUCCUCGAAGAAGCAUAACACCUAACGCUGCAAACGGUACUCUCGUAAGGCGAAGAAACAAAAGUGCAGGCCCAAGGUCAACCUUUGAAGCUUACGAAGAAAGAUUGUUACCAGCUUUAAGACAUUCCCAUACCAACGAAUACCUGCGCGAGGCCCGCGAGGAGGAGUGCAGCGGCGGCAGCGCGUCCUCGCACGCGCGCGCUCCGCACCGCCUCACUGAGCGCGAGAGGAAGCAAGCCGCGCUUCCGAUACUUAUAUUCGGUUAUCCCUUGGUUGAAAAGUUCUUCUCUAAAAAUUAUCUGGAUAAAGAAGAGGGUCUUGCUCGUCUAAGAACUGAAAUGACGUCUCCAUCAAAUGGCAGUACAAAGACCUCUCCGAACAAGACCGCGAGGGCCGCUGCAACACUACUCCAAAGGGCGCUGAGAGAUAAAGUGUUCUCCGUGUAUAGCCAAGCUAAUGAAGUCGUUAGAGUUUUGUUUAAAGAAUUUGUACCCGACAGAGUUUGCGCAGCAGAAGUAGGACGUUGUCUUGAGAAGCUAUUGCCAGAACUGCUUCGCGCCUGCGGUGACCCCGCACCUCGUGUGCACUCCACCGCACAGCACACAGUGCUCACAGUCGCAGACUGUCCGCCAGUUAGGAGUCUUCAUUUGAUACCGCAACAACUAGUCCGUCCUGUAGCUGCUUCCAUGCAUCCUCGGCUCGCCCUGUCUCGUCUCCAAAUGUUGGAACAACUCAUUCUGAGUCAUGGCAUUUCAACAGAUAAAAAUAGCGGUCUUACGGUUCGUCGCCUAGCAGAAUGUGGCGCAGCCGGCGCUCAGCAUGCGGCGGGAUCAGUACGAGCUGCCGCUGAACGUAUACUUUUAGCUGCUUAUGCGAGAUCUCCAAGAGUUGUGAGAGCCCAACUACCCCCAGAUGAUGCUGUUACAAGACGAAAUCUCAUUUAUAGACAUCUAUUUCAACAGUUUGAUAGAAUUGAUAUGCAGAAAAUGUUGAAUCAGGCACCAACUGAAGAACAGAUACUCAAUGGUGGGGAUCAAUCAACUGCAGAUUCAAAUCUCGAAGCGAGCGUUAGUCACUCCACCAGAAGUGGCACAACUGUGAGCGGUAUGAGCACAUCGUUUGGCAUGACGUCAUCAUUAGAUGCCACAUCUUCAUAUAGCUUAAAAUCAAGUGCAAGUGGAGGUACAUUAGCGCCAUCAAGCUUAAGCGGUAGUUUCACAACAUCGAGAACUAAAAGCAGCUUAAAAAAGUCUCCUACUAAGAAGUAUACACCAACGGUGAAGUCAAAAGAGGGCACCAAUUUUCCUGGCUAUAAUAAACUGAGACUUGACAGCGCAGUCAGUCCUAAACAUUCACCAAGAUCCUCAGUAACUGGUAGUGAAAAGGUACAUUUCGAAGAAAAACAUACUGAUGAUGUUAUAUACCGUAGAGCAAAUCGAAAUAUAGAAAAUCGUCAUUCCAUGAUUCACUACGACCACGAUCCCUCUAAGCCUCAACUAAAAGAACGACCCGCGACUGUUUACGAACCUUUACACUUAGAAUACAGGGAUUCCCCAACAAUUGGAUCACCGAAGACGUCAAAGAACGAUCUCCGUAGUAUGGACUCAUUACCGAUGGACUCCCCGCAGAUGUCUAGGAAUGAUUUGAGAUGUGAUUCAGAUAGUAGAAGUCUUGAUUCACCUAAACUUAAGGCUGAUUAUUUUAGAGAUGUAGGCUUGGAGUCACCCAAGCUGGUGGCGGGUGUUAGAAACUUGCAUUUAGAUGAACAUAGUCAAAUGGAUGAAAGCGGAUAUUAUAGUCCAGGAAGGAGGCAGCAAAUGUCUAGUAGUGAACAUCAGUUUGAAGGAUACGAAGCGGUCGGUGUUGAUGCUAGUAGCGAAACUACUCCGGAACCGGUUUGCAAUACGUCGUGUUCGUGGUGCGGUCGACGCGUGCGCGCGGCUGCACUGGAGGCGCACUACUGGCGACGCUGCGUGCUGCUCGCGCGCUGCCCGCACUGCCAUCUCGCGCUCGAAGCGAGAGUUCUACACGCGCAUUUAUUGGAGGAGUGUUCGCUUAGCGAGGGUCUCUGGAAGGCAUGUCAAAAAUGUGGCGCAGCGCUACGAUCUGAUGAGAGCGAUUACCACGUCAACUGCAUCCCAUUGAGCUUUGACGAAUGGAAGUGUCCAUACUGCCUAACAAAUAUCCUGGCUCGGGACCUCCCAUGGCAAAGGCAUCUGAUGCAAUGUCCACGCAAUCCACGACUCAGGCAGCAAAAUUGAAGCUUAAAUUUUCGUCCACAGAUCAGAUAAGUCA